AACCUGAUCAGAGCAGGAUCAGCCAUGUUUUAAGCACGCAUACUAGACGGUUAAAGAUUGUGUUUUUUCAUUGUUAACAAGAUUAAAUAACCAUGGAUCCCCAUUCUAGUGCCCAGGAUAUACCCCGAUGUGACCUUUGUGAGACCGCCAUAGUCCACAGCUACUGUGACUUUUGUCAUGUCAACCUAUGCAAGCCAUGUGUAGUAGAUCACAUCUCAGAUGGAUAUCAUAAACAUGUAAUAGUCCCUUUCCAGGAACGAAGAUCAACCCUCAUUUAUCCAAAAUGUGAAACACAUCCACACAAAAAUUGCAAAUUUCGGUGCAAAGACUGCAACAACAUUUUGGUUUGUUCUUCUUGCAUGGCAUCUGAAAAACAUGGAAGACAUAAAUUUAUAGAAGUUACAGAAAUUUACAAGACAAAGAAAGAAGUUAUUAAAGAUGAUACAGAAGUGUUAGAAAAUCGCAUUUCCCCAUCAUAUGAAGAUAUUGCACUCGACUUGGAAAAUCAGCUUGCCAACCUGGAUGGAGAAUAUGAAAAACUUACAUCAGCUAUGUCCAAACAAGGAGAGCAAUGGCACAGAGAAAUCGACAUCGUUAUCAACAAAAUGAAAACAGAAAUCAACGAGAUUAAAGUGAAACACAGAGAUAUUUUACAAAAACAUUUAGAUGAAAUCAAACAGAUACAGUCUCUCAUAAAUGAAACAUUACAUGCCUUAAGGAAACUUGAGAAAUCCACUGAAAUAUCUCCUGCUAUUGAAUACAGCUCUAAGAUCAGAGAGUUCAGCAAGCUUCCACCCAAGGUUCAGGUAUCAUUGCCAACAUUCAUUCCAAAACCAAUAGACCGUGAGAAGCUGUAUAGUUUGUUUGGACAGAUCACCCCAUUAUCUACUGCUACAGAGGAAAAUGUCUUGCCACAGAACCAACUCAUUAUUUCAGUUAGAGAACUACUGGGUGAACCAGAGCUUGUUACCACAAUACAGACUGGGUAUGUAGGACUAUGCAAUGUGACCUGUCUAAAUGAUAGUAGCAUAUGGACGAGUGGAAUGACCAAUGAUAUGAAAUGCUUCAACAGUAUUAAAGGUUCACUCCUCCAGACAAUCAUGACAAAAUCAGGUAUUUUACCUAAUGGUAUGGCAAUAGACAGUGUUGGGGAUCUACUGUACUCUGACUGGAAAACAAUGAAAGUGUAUAAAGUAAAGAAUGGACAUACAGAAGUGUUGAUCAGAUUACAGGGAUGGGUGCCUUGUAAGCUGUGUGUCACCUCUACAGGUGAUCUCCUGGUUGCCAUGUACAGUAAAGACUGCACUCAAUCCAAAGUUGUCCGUUACUCGGGAUCUACAGAGAAACAAACAAUUCAAUUUGAUGAUAAAGGUAAACCUCUGUACUUCAGGAAUGGUAAGAUUAAAUACAUCACAGAGAACGGAAACCAUGACAUCUGUGUAGCUGACUGUAGGGUUGGUGCAGUAGUGGUGGUUAAUCAGGACGGGAAACUCAGAUGGAGAUACACCGGUCAUCUCUCAGUUACCAAGAACCAAACAUUUAAACCCUAUGGUAUCACAACAGACAGUCAGAGUCGUAUCCUGACAGCUGACUUUAAUAACCAUUGUAUCCACAUUCUGGAUCAGAAUGGACAGUUUUUCCGUUACAUAGAUAAUUGUGAUCUGAAGGAUCCUUAUGGUGUAUGUGUGGACAAUAAUGACAAUCUGUUUGUGUGUGAGUACAGCAAAGGCAAUGUAAAGAAAAUCAAAUAUCUAAAGUAGAUGUCAUCAGUUAUAGAGGUGUGAUGUAAAUCAAACAACAUUUUUUAAAUUGUAUUAAAUCUUCGUUUUGGCAUUUUCUAUGAAAAGAAUUUAAACUGUACUUUCGAUCAUACUCUCUUUUUUGAAACAGGAUGGAAGUUAAAAAAAAAGUGCCAGAUUUAGAACAAUGUUUAAGGUUGAUGAAAAUAGCACUUCCACAUACUUGAAGUCGCCCUGGAGUGGAGAUUUAGUUUUAUUUUUAAAUUGAUGUAUAAUAAAGCUCCGUAACAAACCAGGAACAUUUUAACUGGCGUCAUAAUUUCACAAUUUGUAAAAACUGUCUUUAUAUACUAGUUAUUCCAAUCCCUUACACUUCGUUUGCCUAGUAGAUAUCCAUUAGAAUAGAAGAAAAUUUUGAAGAAGUAAAUAGUAAUGCAUAUUUGCUACAUUACCAAGAAUGAAAACAAUCAGAAACCCAGACCAAGAAGCCAUGGAUUUUGUGCUUAUGAAGACGCUUGGACACGCUCAUUCAGAUUUGUUUGUCCGCUAGUUGCCAAAUGGUACUCAACAUAAGUAUUUUAAAGAUAUGUUUGAAUAUUUUACUAAUCCUGGAGCCAUGAAUUUGAACAAACUUUGGUUGAUCAGUUUACUACAUGUAAAACCAUGACUUGAGAUCCUCAGCAUCUUGUCCAAGAGUACAUGUAGUGAAGAGGAUAAUAAAUUGACCUGCAAAAGAACAACUUCCUAUCUUGAAAACUGUAGGAGGAGUUUUCCGUACAAUAAGGGUACCCUUUUGCCAGUCGCCCGCCCGUCCGCCAUUUUCACCAUUUCAAUAACCGGAUUUUUCCCUUGGAAAACCAGGUUAAAAACAGAAAAAUAUGAAUUUGACCAAAAUAGUAACCAUGCCCCUUUAACAACAAAUCAUUAGAAAACAUGUACAUGAAAGGCAUUAAUUUGAACUUGUAUUCUUUAAUUAACAUCUUAAUUAUUAACCUAAUUAAAAUGUAUGCCAACAAAAAAGUAUAAGUUACUCAAUUUUUGUUAAUAUACACCAGUA